AUGAAAGAGAGAGGGGGGGUCAGGAGGGGGGGUCAGGAGGGGGGUCAGGAGGGGGGGUCAGGAGGGGGGGGUCAGGAGGGGGGGGUCAGGAGGGGGGUCAGGAGGGGGGGGUCAGGAGGGGGGGGUCUCGGGACUGGAGCUGAGCCUCAGACUGUGACUCCACCUCUUCCUCUUCCUCUGAUGGAUCCAGACUGUGGAGCUAACCCAGAGCCUCAGACUGUGACUCCACCUCUUCCUCUUCCUCUGAUGGAUCCAGACUGUGGAGCUAACCCAGAGCCUCAGACUGUGACUCCACCUCUUCCUCUUCCUCUGAUGGAUCCAGACUGUGGAGCUAACCCAGAGCCUCAGACUGUGACUCCACCUCUUCCUCUUCCUCUGAUGGAUCCAGACUGUGGAGCUAACCCAGAGCCUCAGACUGUGACUCCACCUCUUCCUCUUCCUCUGAUGGAUCCAGACUGUGGAGCUUACUGUGGAGCUAACCCAGAGCCUCAGACUGUGACUCCACCUCUUCCUCUUCCUCUGAUGGAUCCAGACUGUGGAGCAGUCUGA